AUGGCCCGGAGGUACGAUGAGCUGCCCCACUACCCAGGCAUAGCGGACCGCACAGCAGCCCUGGCUGGCUUCUCCCAGGCAGCACCAGCACCCCGAGCCCCUGGACCCUACGGCCAGCACCGGCCUCCCCAGCCUCCACCCCCAGGCUUGAACAGUGACGAGGGACUGAAGAGAGAGAAGGAUGACAUCUAUGGACACCCGCUUUUCCCACUGUUGGCCCUGGUCUUUGAGAAGUGUGAACUGGCCACAUGCUCGCCCCGCGAUGGGGCAGGAACUGGGCUAGGUACAUCUCCAGGUGGUGAUGUCUGCUCCUCCGAUUCCUUCAAUGAGGACAUCGCCGCCUUUGCUAAGCAGAUCCGCUCAGAGAGGCCCCUGUUCUCCUCCAACCGAGAGCUGGACAAUCUGAUGAUCCAAGCCAUUCAAGUACUCCGGUUCCACCUGCUGGAGCUGGAAAAGGUCCACGACCUGUGCGACAACUUCUGUCACCGCUACAUCACCUGCCUCAAGGGAAAAAUGCCCAUUGACCUGGUCAUCGAGGAUCGGGAUGGCGGCUGCAGGGAGGACCUCGAGGACUACCCAGCCUCCUGUCCCAGCUUCCCAGACCAGAAUAACACAUGGAUCAGAGACCAUGAGGACAGUGGGUCUGUACAUUUGGGGACUCCAGGUCCAUCCAGCGGGGGUCUGGCCUCUCAGAGUGGAGACAACUCCAGUGACCAAGGAGAUGGGCUGGACACAAGCGUGGCCUCCCCCAGUUCUGGGGGAGAGGACGAGGAGAUGGACCAGGAGCGGAGGCGGAACAAGAAGAGAGGCAUCUUCCCCAAGGUGGCCACCAACAUCAUGAGAGCCUGGCUGUUCCAGCACCUCUCGCACCCGUACCCGUCGGAAGAGCAGAAGAAACAGCUGGCACAGGACACGGGGCUCACCAUCCUGCAAGUCAACAACUGGUUCAUUAACGCGCGGAGACGCAUCGUUCAACCCAUGAUCGAUCAAUCCAACCGCACAGGGCAGGGUGCAGCCUUCAGCCCCGAGGGUCAGCCCAUGGCCGGCUACACCGAGACCCAGCCGCUUGUGACUGUCCGGCCACCGGGCCCCAGCCUCUGGACUGUGACCACCAGACUCGCGUAUCAUCCGUCCCCACUGGGCCCUCUGGGUCUAGCGCUCCAAAGGCCUCUUCACUCAACGCCUACCUCCCUGGGGCCCCACUGGGACAUGGGGGACCUGAGCGUCCACUUGAGGGACAGUCAAGGACAAAGACAAGGUCUCCAGGCCCUGCACCCCUCUUCUGCCUUCAUUUUGCCGGGGACCUGAGCUGAAAACUGGACCUGGGUGUGCAGAAGAUGGUGGCUGGGGGCCCCACCUCCAGAACAGAGAAGGGAUUGGGGGUGCACUGGGGCUGCUGGGAAAGGAGGGUCACUCAGACUUGACAUUUGGGGAGAUUCCUUUAUCUUCCCACCCCACCCCACUCCAUCUCUCCCACCUCCCUUCUCUGAUGUCUUUUUU